AUGGCGGCAAAUCCAGCACCAGACCUUCAAGAGUCGUCGGCCAUGGCCACAAAUCCAAACCAGUCCUUUGCUGGAAGAACCGGAGAUACUCAAGUUCCAGAUAUAGAAUUGGUUGUUCAGAGGCCGACGGACAUGUCGAACGGAUAUCCGAACUCCUCUGCUCCCGACAGUUCGCUUGUCGCAGGAGACCUAAAUGCCCCUCGACGAGCAUGUAACGGCCUGCGGUUCUCUGGCGUAUUGGACUUUGCCUGGGCUGGAGAAUUGUUCCCUUUCACCCUCGUCGUCUCUGCGGCGCUCCUGAUUUAUCUUGCCUUGUCCAUCCCAGCUGCAGCCGCCACACCUCUCGAAUGUCCUGAUGAUUCUGCAAAAACCUUUGUUGCAGCCGCCAUACCCGCUGCCAUUGCACCUCCUAAACUUCCUAAUGAAUUUGUGGAAACUGCUGCACCUCCUGAACUUCCUGAUGAACAUGCCAAAACCGCAACUGCCGUUGUCGCUGCAGCAGCCACACCUCCUGAACUUCCUGAUUCUGCGGAAACCUCCACUGUAGCUGCUGCCGCUGCCGCACCUCCUGAACUUCCUAAUGAUUAUGCGGAAACUUAUGGUCAUCAACAUCCAACGGCGGAAACCCCUGGGUCCAACACUCAACUAGAGUGGGAAAUCUUUGCUGCAGCCACUGCAGCAGAUCCUCCUGCGGAAACCUCCAGCCAUCAACAUCUAAUAGCGGAAACCUCCGUUGUAGCCGCCACACCUCCUGAAUACCUCAAUUCUGUUGAAACUGCCGGCCAUCAUCAUGCAACGAUAGAAACCUCCACUACAUCCGCGACAGCUGCAACCGCCACCGCACCUCCUAAACAUUCUGCCCCUCAAAAUUUAGGGAUUGAGCCUUAA